UGUAAAUGUUUGUCCAAUGGAAGGCAAACUCGCUGUGGGGAAGGCAGGGGCGCUCUUGGUCUCCAGAAGUUAUUGUGUAAUACUGGCCGGCUGUAUUUAAGGCCAGUCCAGACUGAAAAUCAGAGGAUUUCUUUGGAGUCUUUGUGGUAUCAAGAAUGCUUCGGUACGUCGUAGCCCUCUCUCUCCUGGCACUGUCCUGGGCACAGGACUGCCAGGUAGCCAACAUCAACGUCAUGCAGAAUUUUGACAAAACUAGGUACGCAGGGACAUGGUAUGCUGUAGGGAAGAAGGAUCCAGAAGGCUUGUUCUUGCUUGACAACAUCGUGGCCCAGAUAAAUAUUGAAGAAGAUGGCAAAAUGACUGCCACCGCCCAGGGCAGAGUCAUCAUCCUCAACAACUGGGAGAUGUGUGCCCACAUGUUUGCCACAUUCGAGGAGACUGCUGACCCUGCAAAGUUUAAGAUGAAGUACUGGGGAGCUGCAUCCUACUUGCAGACAGGAAAUGAUGACCACUGGGUUAUUGACACUGACUAUGACAACUAUGCGGUCCACUACUCCUGCAGACUAGUGGACGCUGAUGGCACUUGUCUAGAUGGGUACUCCUUCAUAUUCUCUCGUCACCCAACUGGCCUGAGGCCAGAAGACCAGCUAGUUGUCCUCCAGAAGAAGACAGACCUCUGUCUGUUGGGCAAAUACAGACGUGUUGCACACACCGGCUUCUGUGAGAGUGGGACAUCUCUUGACCCACAGUGACACUUUGCUGAUCUUGGAUUGAAUCCCACUGCUUAGUCACCUCUUCUGUCUCCAUCUCUAUUAUAAAAAAGCAGAACAUUCUUCUUUAAAAAUGAACCAAAACUGAACUAUGAACAGUCACAUUUAUAUAGCUGCGAUCUCAAAAUAAAAGGAAAGAUGGUUGGUAUUGUUCCCUUCCUAUAUUCCCUCAUGAGUACCAUUUAAAGAAAAACAAUCAGAAUGACUGAUUAUGUAAUCAACCCUCUCUCAAUGUGACAAACAAUUAUCUGUUAACCUGAAUUUUUAGCAGUACUGCAGCUCUGGGUAAGAACCACCAUGUCUAUUAUAAAGAAAACACUGGUUCAGUGUUCUUAAUGAACACACAGUAUCUUGUAGUCCUCGAGGAGAUAUUGUUUUUUAACUAUACAUACACAGAUACACAUUAGCUCAUGUGCUAUAUAUUUAUAGGGUCAUAAAAGAGCAGUUGUUUCUUCUUCAUAUGAUGUGUGCUUCUUGAUCCAGUUUUUGAAAUAAAACAUUCAUACCA